CUGACAUGGAGUUAGUGACUGUGGUGAUAGUCUGUCACAGACGCUGAACCGGAAUUUUUUGUAGGAAUUGUUGGGAAAGACACGGGUAAGCCAGGUUGUGCUGUGGGAAGCUCCACACCAAUAGUGAAUCUUCUUGGUCUUGGGGUCUGACCCAUCUAGAGAUAGUGGAUAAGUCAGGCUUUGCUGUCGGAACUGUCAUUUUGCAGAGGACACGGGUCUUGAUGUGGGGACUGUCACAGACAGACGAGUCAUGUUUUGAUGUGGGAAGUGCCAUGCUGCUACUCGCUGGUUCGAGCAAAGGAAGUGUUGUUUCUCUUUGUGAACUGUUUCCGCUGAUAAGACAGAGGAACGGAUACGAGUUGCUGUUUUAUGGCAGGCGCUGAACGCUUGGUGACCGACUUUUUUUUGGUGGUCAAAACAUCAAGAUGGCGGAACUGUCGCCUCGCCAUGAAGAAAGCGCAGGAGGAUCUGGAAAGCGAGAAACGCCUGUCAAAAUGGCGGAACAGCCUACAGUUGACCCCGAGAAGGGCACUUCCGCUGGUACUGACAAGACGCGCCUGGUGCGACAACAAGCAUCGCCGCCUUCCUACGAGUCCCUGUACGGACGAGUGAAAUCGGCCAAGAGCGAAUCGUCCGGCUUCGUCAGCUUCAUGAAGUCUGCCUUCCUCAUCCUUGUCGGCACAGCUGGCUGUACCUUUCUUCUUGCGUUUUUUAUGGCCAUUCCCAUCGCCAUGAUCGUCAUAGGUGCGUACUACUUACAUGACUGCCCCGCAGAGCGCUACAUCCCCAUCUACCUGGUGGUGGGAGGCUGCUUCGCCUUUUUGCGGAUGUUCAUUUCCGUGGGGUUAAGGAUUAGAAGGGCUUGCAACCCGCGGGAAUCGGACGAAGACCGGGAGGAGAUAAUGAACCCUCUGAACUCUUUGCUGGACUGUUUUCAGAUUGCUUGGUUCAUUGCAGGCAAUGGGAUUUACCGUACCUACGGCAAGUUCAACGGAACGGACCAGACGUCGGAAAACUUCUGCGAUCCGACCUUGUACUACUUCGCCUUCUGGCUGACCACCUCCGUCUACAUCUUCAUGGCACUCGGCUUUUGCUGCGCCUGCUGUUUCGGCAUCUGUGCCCAAAUUAUCAUGUAGGAAUGGACUGCAACAUUCAUAAAAUAUCAUUGCUCCGAUAUCCGACCAUCGAUCUUUUUCGUCCAAAGUAUAUUUUUUAGGGGGUGGUCUAAAAAGUACUUUGAUCAACAUUUCUCUCAAAAAAAAAUAUAUAUACGAAUCUUUUAAUAACUCUGUAUACAUAUUUAUACAUACAUAUUUUUAUAUAUUUGUGUGCGUGUGUGUGUGUGUGUGUGAUUUUUUAAAAUUCUUGUUGUUACUAUACUAUAAUUUUUUGCAUCAUCAAUAUUUUUAUCACAUUGGUCUGGAAUCUUUGCUUACUAUUCCAAUCUCAGAAACAGUGUAGAAAUCAUACUUACCAAACUGAUACUAUAUUUAACUGAACAUUUUGUAAUGAAGAGCAAAACUGAAGCAAAAAUGCGUUGCUCAAGACUUGCAGGGGUCAUUACCCUUACAUAUUUAACCGUUAGGCAUAUGGAGUGUUCGUUUUUGAGAACUUGAAAUAAGCAUUACAUGCCUAAUUAGUCCAACAAGGAGCUGUCUGGGUCUGGUUUGAAAACUCUAAAUCGGCAUUACAUAUAUGUUAAUUUAAAAAAAUUAAAAAUGUAAUAAAACAGUUUUCUGCAUCUUG